AUGGAGGUUGCAAUGGUGAGUGCGGAGAGCUCAGGGUGCAACAGUCACAUGCCUUAUGGUUACGCGGCUCAGGCCCGGGCCCGCGAGCGCGAGAGGCUGGCUCACUCGAGGGCGGCUGCGGCUGCCGCGGUGGCCGCGGCCACAGCUGCAGUGGAAGGUGGCGGGGGCUCUGGAGGGGGCGCCCACCACCACCACCCAUCGCGCGGGGCCUGCACCUCCCACGACCCCCAGAGCAGCCGGGGAAGUCGGAGGAGGAGGCGACAGCGCCCGGAGAAGAAGAAAGUCCACCAUCGGCAGGGCAGCUUCCCUCACUGCUCCGACCUGAUGCCCAGUGGCUCGGAGGAGAAGAUCCUGCGGGAUCUAAGUGAGGAGGACGAAGAGGAGGACGACGAGGAGGACGAGGAAGAGGAGGGAAGGUUUUAUUACAGCGAGGAAGACCACGGCGAGGAGUGUUCCUACACCGACCUGCUGGCACAGGACGAUGGAGGCGGCGGCGGCGGCGGCGGCGGCGGCGGCGGCUACAGCUCCGUGCGCUACAGUGACUGCUGUGAACGCGUGGUGAUCAACGUCUCGGGUCUGCGCUUCGAAACCCAGAUGAAAACCCUGGCCCAGUUUCCCGAGACAUUGCUGGGGGACCCUGAGAAGAGGACUCAGUAUUUCGACCCUCUGCGCAACGAGUAUUUUUUCGACAGAAACAGGCCUAGCUUUGAUGCCAUCUUAUAUUAUUACCAGUCAGGGGGCCGCCUGAAGAGGCCAGUCAACGUCCCCUUCGAUAUCUUCACCGAGGAGGUGAAGUUCUACCAGUUGGGGGAGGAGGCACUGCUCAAGUUUCGGGAGGACGAGGGCUUUGUGAGAGAGGAGGAGGACAGGGCCUUGCCGGAGAACGAAUUUAAGAAGCAGAUCUGGCUGCUCUUUGAGUAUCCGGAGAGCUCCAGUCCAGCCAGGGGCAUAGCCAUUGUCUCCGUCCUGGUCAUCCUCAUCUCCAUCGUCAUCUUCUGCCUGGAAACCUUGCCGGAGUUUCGGGACGACAGGGAUCUCAUCAUGGCCCUGAGCACAGGCGGGCACGGUGGGUUGUUGAACGACACGUCAGCUCCCCACCCGGAGAACUCAGGGCACACGAUCUUCAACGACCCCUUCUUCAUCGUGGAGACAGUGUGCAUUGUGUGGUUUUCUUUCGAGUUUGUAGUUCGCUGCUUUGCUUGUCCCAGCCAAGCCCUCUUCUUCAAAAACAUCAUGAACGUCAUUGACAUAGUCUCCAUUUUGCCUUACUUCAUCACGCUGGGCACGGAUCUGGCCCAGCAGCAGGGGGGUGGCAACGGGCAGCAGCAGCAGGCCAUGUCCUUUGCCAUCCUCAGGAUCAUCCGUCUGGUCCGAGUAUUCCGGAUCUUCAAGCUCUCCAGACACUCCAAAGGCCUGCAGAUCCUGGGCCACACGCUCCGAGCCAGCAUGCGCGAGCUAGGCCUCCUGAUCUUCUUCCUCUUCAUUGGGGUCAUUCUCUUCUCCAGCGCUGUGUAUUUCGCGGAGGCAGACGAGCCGACCACCCACUUCCAAAGCAUCCCCGAUGCAUUUUGGUGGGCCGUGGUGACCAUGACAACCGUGGGCUACGGGGACAUGAAGCCUAUCACGGUGGGGGGCAAGAUCGUAGGGUCUCUGUGUGCCAUUGCAGGUGUCUUAACCAUCGCUCUGCCCGUGCCGGUGAUUGUCUCUAACUUUAACUAUUUCUACCACAGAGAGACUGAAAAUGAGGAACAGACACAGCUUACACAGAAUGCAGUCAGUUGCCCAUACCUCCCUUCUAAUUUGCUGAAGAAAUUUCGGAGCUCUACUUCUUCUUCCCUGGGGGACAAGUCAGAGUAUCUAGAGAUGGAAGAAGGAGUUAAGGAAUCUCUCUGUGCAAAGGAGAAGUGUCAGGGAAAGGGGGAUGACAGUGAGACAGAUAAAAACAACUGUUCUAAUGCGAAGGCUGUGGAGACCGAUGUGUGA